AUGGAAAGAGAAGGCGUAAAGACUCCUCCAAUAUUAGACUGAGUUGUAGUUUCGCUACCAUGCUCGCCAAGUGAAGCAGAAGAUACAUACUUACCAUUUGAAACAAUAUCAGCUGCUGUUUUACAAUUAGAAAAACUAUACCUUGACGAUAUCUCGCUUAAAAGGGAAGAGAGCUUCCGUCUUCACAAAAAACAUAUAGAGCAAGUUCAAAUUGAUCCAAAUCCACCAAUUGUAAAAGAUGAUAGUUUACAUGGAAUCUGCAAUGACGUAAUGCGCAGGAUGGCUGAAAUCCUCAGAGAAAUUGAUAAAAAAGAGGAUUGCUUACUCCCCCCCCCCCCUCCGUGAGCGAACAAAAAAAUUUUGUUCGCUCACGGAGGGGGGUUAAUUUUUUUUUUAAAAAAAAAAUUUAUAUAUAAAUUUUAUAAAAAAUAUUUUUUUUCGAAAUUUAAAAAAUCCUAAUUUGCAAAAAUUGGGAAGCAAAUAUUAAUUUAAUUUGCAAAAUUUAUGUUUUUAAAACGCAAUUUGUUUAAAAUUAAACAGAAUUAGCUCUAGAUUUUUCAUUAUACUAAUUAUCACUUAUAUAUCAAAAUUUUUUUCCAUUAAAAUUUUUUCUAUUAAAAAAAAUUUUUGUUCACUCACGGAGGGUGGUUUUUGGGUCAAAAAAUGGCGAUUUUUCUAAUGUUUUGUUCGCUCACGGGGGGGGGGGGGGGAGUUAGAUUUAUUUUUCAAAUUCCAAGGAUUGGAUGAUAUAUUAAGGAAAAGAAAUGAGUCGUAA